AUGCAAAGCGCUGCGGUUCUCCUCCUGGUUUGGUGUCUGGCGGUGAUGUCAGACGUCGGAAGCCCCCUGCAGACGCUCAAGACCGGAGGACUUCCCCUCCUCAUGAUGCAGCUCUACAGAGCCAUGCUGACCGAGGACCGGGCCGGGAGAGAGAGCUGGAUCGUGGACAAACCCGGACUGCAUAACUCGGACUCUGUGACCAGUCUUAUUGCUAAAAGCUGCCAGCAGAGAGGCAACAGCUGGUCCAUCACCUUUGACAUGUCCUCCAUGUAUUCCAGCAACAAUAAUGUUCAACAGGCCGAGCUAAGGAUGCGCCUCCCUGCCUUCAGUGAGUCCUCCAUGGCUUUAGUAGACAUCUACCACUCCAGAGUGGACCCGUGUUCUGACGAGAACUGCUCAGACAACAGGGUGUUCCUGGGACGCUUCAGAGCCCGUCCUGGCUCUAUGACACCCUCCUCCUCCUCCUGGAAGGUGUUCACCAUGACUGAGAUGCUCAGUCGUUGGCGACAACAGGAACCGCUCACGCGCUGGCACGAGGUAGCCAUGGAGAUGGAGGCGGAUCUAGAGGGGGUCCAACACCCUACAGCGAACCGGGUCAUUAUGGUGGUCUUUGCCAGGCAGAAGAGGAUACCCACUCUCAUCCACACAGCUGAACAUUCCAAGUACGUGAGCUUGGAAUUGGAUGCUGGCGCCAAGACGAAGUGGCGCAGGACCAAAAGGCACCCGCAUCCUUACCGCAGGCCCAGAGAAAGGAUGCCAGUGGUGAGGCCUGCUGCUACUCUGAACAAGGAGGGUCCUUCAUGCAGGAAGGUGGACAUGUGGGUGGACUUUGAGAAGCUGGGCUGGAGUCAGUGGAUGAUUUAUCCCAAACGCUAUAACGCCUUCCGCUGCGAAGGGGCCUGUCCCACACCUGUAGAUGAGAGAUUUGCACCAACCAACCAUGCUUACAUGCAGAGCCUGCUGAAGCACUACCACCCACACAAGGUGCCAUGUUUGUCCUGCGUGCCCACUCACCUUUCGCCACUCUCCAUGCUCUACUACGAGAAGGGCAAGCUGGUGAUGAGGCACCACGAGGACAUGGUGGUGGAGGAGUGUGGCUGCCACUGA